AAUGAAAACUGUCAAAUCAUCCCCUUCUGUUUUAAUUUGAUUUUGAUUUCCGAUUGCCAUUAUUGUUUGUGAAGUCUUGCGAGUUAUACCGGUUUUAUUUCGUUUGUAAAAUGCGAAAUUACAUUUUUUUACUUUUAAUAUGUACUAUUUGUACAGUUAAUUGUACUUUAAAUCGUGUAACAUUACACAAAUUUCAAUCUGUUAGAAAUCAUUUCCACGAAAUAGAUACUGAGAUUAGUCGUGUGGUACUAAAUCGCUAUAGUGGUUCUUUAGGUGGUCCAAUUCCCGAGCCUUUAUCUAAUUAUUUAGAUGCUCAAUAUUAUGGAGUUGUUGAAAUUGGUACCCCACCGCAAUCGUUUAAAGUUGUAUUUGAUACCGGUUCCUCUAAUUUAUGGGUACCGUCGAAAAAGUGUAGUUUUACUAAUAUUGCUUGCUUGCUUCAUAAUAAAUACGAUUCGUCUAAAUCGUCGACUUAUCAACAAAACGGCACCAAAUUCGCAAUCCAGUACGGAUCUGGUAGCCUGAGCGGUUUCCUCUCGACGGACGUCGUUUCCAUCGGAAACAUCCAGAUAAAACGACAAACUUUCGCCGAAGCAGUCAGCGAACCGGGCGUAGCUUUCGUGGCCGCCAAAUUCGACGGCAUCCUGGGUAUGGGUUAUUCCACUAUAUCGGUGGACGGAGUCACGCCCGUUUUCGACAACAUGAUCAAAAAUAAUUUGAUAUCCCAACCGGUAUUUUCGUUCUACCUCAACAGGAACCCGGACGGUAAAGAAGGUGGCGAACUUAUCAUCGGAGGUUCAGAUCCGGCUCAUUACAAAGGCGAUUUUACUUACGUGCCCGUUAGCCGUAAGGCUUAUUGGCAAUUUUUUAUGGACAAAGUUAAAUUGGGGGGAUCUACUUUUUGCUCGAAGGGUUGUCAAGCCAUAGCCGAUACCGGUACCAGUUUAAUAGCGGGACCCACCAAAGAAAUUACCGCGAUUAACAAAGCUAUAGGUGGUACGCCCGUUCCCGGCGGGGAAUAUAUGGUGGAUUGCGAUUUGAUUCCAAAUUUACCGACCAUCGAUUUCGUUUUGGGGGGAAAAAAUUUCACUUUGGAAGGUAGCGAUUACGUACUUAGGAUCGCCCAAUUCGGUAAGACGGUCUGCCUUUCUGGUUUCAUGGGUAUCGAUAUACCACCACCGAACGGACCUUUAUGGAUUUUGGGGGACGUUUUUAUAGGGAAAUAUUACACGGAAUUCGAUAUGGGUAAUAACCGUGUCGGAUUCGCCGAAACCGUUUAAUUUUAUCCCGAAAAAUUUGAGUUGUUCUGUUUUUUUUUUUGUUUUUAUCGGGCAGCUUUUAUAAUUUUUUUUUUAUCGUUCAUUUUAUUAGGGCGAGUUCACACGAUGACGAGCCCCGGACAUGACAUAUUUCUAUUAUACGGGGGUGUAUUCGAUAAUUAUAUCCCGCAUUAUUUUAAUUGUAAAACAUUGUUACUGAUUGAUGCUAAUAAAUAGAUUUCAAUUUA